AUGUCACAGUCCAAAACCCGACGACACCAAGACAUACCCGACAAACUGAACUUUUUCUCACAGAAAAAAGUAGCAGCCCUGGCAAGGCAAUCCGCGGCCGCGGGCCCACAAGAUGGCGCCAAGCUCUCUGGAGGCAGAAGCCCGAGAUCAGAGGCAGACUCACCACAAGACGGAGAGCCACUCACAACUACUCUCCUGAAACAAGCCAUGGACGAACAAUCCCAAAGGCUGAUUUCGAUCUGGCAAUCUAGUGUCGCAGAACUGAAGCGCGACUUACAAGACAUCGGGUCCCGCACAACGCAUGUGGAGGACCUGGUUGAUGCGCACAAUGCAUCCACAGAGCAAAUCAAAUCUCUUACCACCCAACUGCAACAAUGA